UUCCGGCCGUUGAAACAGUCCGGCGGGAAAGUGGAGGUAAACACAAACUGCUGACACCAUCAGACAGAGCGGUGUCUCGCGCACACACACAGACUUUUUCUUGUUCUUCUUCUCCUCAAAAACAAACAUGUCCCGGGUUCUUAACGGUAUCGUGGCGGUUUGUCCGGACAUGGGUAUCGGGAUGACCGGAAAUCUGCCCUGGCAUCCGGUCAGACUCAGUAACGAAUUCAAACAUUUCCGAACCAUGACAGCGACGUCUUCUGUUAAAGGCAAAAAGAACGUGGUGAUCAUGGGCAGAAAGACGUGGUUUUCCAUCCCAGAGAAGAACCGACCUUUGAACAACAGGAUCAACGUCGUCCUCAGCAGACAGUGCAAACUGCCCCCUGCUGGAGCUCAUCACCUGGCCGCAGACUUCAGCUCAGCUCUGAGGCUCGUCGAGACAGAACUGGCAGAUGAGGCCGACCAGAUCUGGAUUAUCGGAGGCAGCUCUCUCUACAAGGAGAUGAUGGAGAGCCCGGGCAUCAAGAGACUGUUUGUCACGCGGAUCCUGAAGCAGUUUGAAUGCGACACUUUUCUGCCAGAAAUCAGUCUGGACAAAUAUCGUCUCCUGCCAGAGUUUCCAGGAGUGUCACAGGAGCUGCAGGAGGAGAACGCUAUCCAGUAUAGGUUUGAAGUUUAUGAAAACGUCGAGCAAUGAGGAGGAAAAAAUAACUGUAAAAAAACAAAAAAUGCUGGACAUAAAGUGACAUUAUUUUUACGUGAUUUUCUUUUUUUGUUUCUUCACUUCAAAUAAAAUCUGAUGUCAACAAUAA